GCCCAAACUAGUUCAUGAGAAUUUGCUGACUGCUUGGAAACCGUAGCGUCGCAGCUGAGAGUUUGGCCAUAGCAUGUACAGUGUAUUAAAUUAACUAUACACAAACUACGUACCAUUUUUGAGAGGAAAUGUCGAAACAAGAAGGUAAACAGUUCAAGGGUUUUUUGCAGCAGUUUUCAAGCGUUAAGGCACCGACCGUCUUCGGCGAGACUUCAACGUCCAUCGGAGUAUCACGAUCUCCUGAAACUGAGAGAAAGAUCUUGGAGAACGGCACCCUUCCUGACUAUAUACGCCAUGGGUUGGAUAUACUUGUGGUUGGCAUCAAUCCGGGUUUCUUCUCGGCCAAGGCGCGACACUACUACGCGGGUCCUGGAAAUCACUUCUGGAAAUGCCUUUACCAGUCCAAACUUAUUCCAGAACCCAUCACUUGGGAGAAUGAUUUUCGGCUGUUAAAAUGGAACAUCGGUUUGACUAACAUCUGCGAAAGAGCGACUCGUGGUCAGGACGACCUCUCAAAGCAGGAGAUUUCUGAGGGAGCAAGGAUCCUUCGAAAAAAAAUCGAAGAGUUUUCUCCUAAAGUGGUUGUCUUCAACGGAAAGGGCAUUUACGAAAUAUUUAUUGGAAGCAAAGUUAAACACUUGGGACGGCAAGACAGCUUCAUACCUGGGAUUGAGAUCUUUGUUGUGCCAUCUUCAAGUCCACGCUCGGCUUCUUAUCCAAGAGCUGAGGAUAAGGUAACACUUUCAAAUUCCGUUCUAUAUCGCUCUAAAAAAAUUCGUCGAUCAUAUUAAAAGCGGACUACCUAUCGACAACGAUGAACAAUUCCGAUUCGAGGUCGAAAACACCAGGAAACACAAACGAUUAUAGUAGAAACAGCGAACAUUCGUACUAACCAAGAUUUAGUUCGGAUGCCGUAUCGCUAACAAUCUAAGUUGCUCGGACCCCUUUUGAAGACAGCGUUAAUAUUAUGCAGGUUGACAUUUUUAUCGACUGAAGUAAAUUACAAUGUUGAAAAGAUCAGUAUAUUAGCUGUGUGUUCUUAUAAGUGAAGUUCUUUAUACAAACACCUGCUAGACGAUAUAUACGAUCAGUGGAUACCCGAAUAUCCGAGUCAUAUAGAUUUGAGUUGUUAUAGCAACAAAAAAAAUAGUCAUAGUUACACAACUACAUGCUCAUGGCCUGUACGACUUGAAUAACGAGAGAUGUGAUAUUAAUAAAGUUUAUUUGAC